UUCGCUAACAGCUACAUUGCGUGUCACUCGUGUGCCUUCCCGACCCGAUAUCUAUCAGUGGCGACGACUCGAUAAUUACCUCACGCGUUAAUCGCCGUGUAUCAUGGCGACUUCAAACUCGGUCCCGGUCGGCUUAUUUUCAAGUUUUAACCAUCAACAACAAGAGUGGCUUACGUACAAAAAUAGGCUUGAACAGUGGUUCAUCGCAAAUAAUAUCGACGAGGCAAGCGACAAAGCGGGUAUAAGAAGGCGCGCCAUCUUGUUAAGUGCACUUACCGAAAGCACCUAUCAAUUAGCAAGUAACCUUGCAUUGCCCGAUGUUCUUGAAAUCAAAAGUUACAGUGAAGUGGUAAAGUUAUUGGAUGCGCAUUUUACUCCAAAGCGCUGCGUUUUUGCGGAGCGUUAUCACUUCCAUUCUGCAGUACAGAAGGUAGGCGAAACUUCGGCACAGUGGGCCGCGCGACUGCGCGGGCUUGCGGCGUAUUGCCAGUUCAAGAACGUUGAGGAGGCGCUUCUGGACAGAUUUAUCAUGGGCAUGCAGUCUGGUAAAGAGCGCGAAAAAUUGUUUUCGAAGGAGCUUAGCGAACUCACCCUAGCGAAAGCAAUAGACAUAGCUGAAAGUGUGCGGUGCGCGCGAGCCGCAGCCAGCGCGACCUUGGCUUCUACCGCGACGGCGGUGGUGCCUGGCGCUGAGAGCGUGUUGAAGAUCGGCGAGACUACAGCGGGUCGCGGGAAUAAGUGCUCUGUGUGCGGUCUAAGUAGUCAUAAAACGGAAAACUGUCGUUACGUAAAUUACAAGUGCAAAAAGUGCAAAAAGAAGGGUCAUUUACGUAAGAUGUGUAACCUUAAGUACGUUGAGUCAGAGGAGGUGAGCGAGGAUGAUGAUGUGCUCGCAGAUUAAACAUUACGGCGGAGUAAACAGAUGUCCAUUCAUUACGGACGAGUUAGUUUUAUAUAAAAACUUUACGAAUAAAAAACAUUUUACAUGGACCUUGGGAACUAUAGUGAAAAAUCUAGGUCGUGUGCUUUAUCUUAUAAAGGACAAUAAAACAAACAAAAUAGUAAAAAGGCAUGUUAACCAAGUUGUCAAAUAUAAGGGCCAAGUCACACCGACAGCCGUGAGUCAUCCCGAGCCAAACAAAACACCAGAAUGCUUCAGCGAGUCAUCAUCUCCUGACGUACCUCCCGUUUUCGAUGUCGGGCCUACUGGGGUGCCCAGCAUGUUAGCUGGUGGACCGGAGGCAAUGAUUAGGCAAUCCCCGUCACACGAGCCUGUAGGCCGGAAUAACGAAGAUGAACUGACAAUGGGGGAAGAAGAGGGUGCGAGGCCUCUCGACACAGCGUCUGUGGCCGCGCCAAGGCCGGCUCCUGUGCCUGCGCCGGCAGCCGACGCCGGCUGCGCGCCGCCGCCGCCGCCGCCGCCGCCGCCGCCGCCGCCGCCGCCCGGCCCCGCAGCGGACGACGCGCCUCCCGACUCGGCGGACCCACAGGCCGCGUCCUCACGGCUCAAGCGGGCUCGCCCGCGGUUUGAUUAUAAAAAGUUUUUCUAAGCUGGUCGGACUGUGCUAGUUUUAAGUUAGGGUAAGAAACUAUGGGGAAGGGAUUGUUGUAUAUGCAUGCAUAGAUAGAUGUAAGUACGCUCGGUGGCUGCGCCCACCG